AUGUCUGCCGUCGAGAAAGACGGCCUAUCCAUGACCCAUGCCUGCGAGCGGACAGGAACCCCGGAUCUCCGUCUAAUUCACUACAAUGAUGUUUACCACGUGGAAGCAGGAUCCGCAGAGCCUGUUGGCGGCGUAUCUCGAUUCCAAUCCGUGAUUAACUAUUACCGAUCCGACGCCCGAUUCGCGGGGCAGCCGGAUCCCCUUACCUUCUUCUCCGGCGAUGCCUUCAAUCCGAGCCUCGAAAGUACUGUGACCAAGGGGAGGCAUAUGGUGCCGUUCCUGAAUAAAGCCGGGACGGACGUGGCGUGUCUAGGGAAUCACGAUCUUGACUUUGGUGUUGCACAACUGCGCCACCUGCGCAGUCAAUGCCGCUUUCCGUGGCUGCUGGCGAAUGUUCUCGAUCCCGCGCUUGGCGAGGAUGUCCCUAUCGCGAACUGUGAGAGAACGGUCAUGUUGACCUCAUCUACUGGGGUCAAAGUGGGAGUAAUUGGCUUGGGAGAACGCGAGUGGCUAGGAACGAUCAACUCCCUCCCGCCCGAUCUGAUCUAUAAAUCUGCCUCCCAAACGGCCAUCGAGCUAGUUCCGCGUCUACGAGAGCAGGGUGCCGAGAUAAUCGUCGCCGUCACCCAUCAGCGCGAACCAAACGAUUAUAAGCUGGCGAAGAGCGUCCCGGAGGGACUGAUUGAUAUUGUUCUUGGAGGCCACGACCAUUUCUACGGUCAUGCGGUGAUCAACGGCAUCCAUGUUUUGCGGUCGGGGACCGACUUCAAACAACUGAGUUAUAUUGAGGCCUGGCGCAAAGAAGGCGGAUCUGGCUGGGAUUUCAACAUCGUUCGGCGGGAUAUGUAUCAAUCCAUUCCCGAAGAUCCUUCUACGGUGACGCUGGUUGACAAACUCACGUCUAGUUUGAAGUCCAAGCUUGAGAAACCUAUUGGAUACACGGCACGGCCGCUAGAUGGGCGGUUCUCGACGGUUCGACAGAAAGAGUCCAACCUAGGCAACUUUGUCUGUGACCUGAUGCGAUUCUUCUACAGCGCUGAUUGCGCCAUCAUGGCCGGUGGAACCAUCCGAGGUGACCAAAUCUACCCUCCGGGCAUCUUACGGUUGAAAGAUAUUCUGAAUUGUUUCCCGUUCGAGGACCCAGUUGUUCUGCUGCGUGUGUCGGGCCGCGCAUUGAUGGACGCCUUGGAGAACGGCGUUAGCCUGCUUCCAGCUUUGGAAGGGCGUUUCCCCCAGGUAUCGAACAUCUCGUUCAGCUAUGAUCCGUCCGGCCCACCGGGAUCCCGCAUCAACUGGGCCAAAGUUGGAGGCGCGCCUAUCCAGUUCAAUCGCACUUACACCAUGGCCACACGUGGCUAUAUGGCCCGCGGAAAGGACGGCUUUGCAUCAUUGCUCGUGAAGUCCGCUGGUGGAGAGGUAGAAGAGAUCGUGGACGAGGAGAGCGGAGUCUUAGUGAGCACUCUGCUUCGGCAGUACUUCCUGAGUUUGCGAGUGAUGGGCAAGUGGCAACGCUUCAGUAAAAGCAUGACACGGCACUGGACCGACGUGCACAAAAACCUGCACUCAAACGGAUGGCUCAAACCGGCCUCGUCCAGCACGUCUCCGGUGUCGGAGAAAAUCCCCUACACGCUGCGGCGCCCGUCGUUGAAGCGCAGCAAGCAGUACCACUACGGACGAUUCGCCGAUGUCGACAAGGACAGCGGGACCGAUAGAAGCGGCGAAGACGAGGACAUGGACUCUGAUUCGGACACUGACCCGGACAUUCUGACCUCUCCGCAGCCGACGACCAACUACGUGACGCUGCCGGCGCGGUCCUCGGUCGAGGAAGAACACCGACUGCGCAUCGCGCGAUGGGCCACGCGGAAAUGGAUGCGCAAGGCUGGAUUGCAGCCAUCCACGGUGGAAGAUGUCGACGAAGGACCAGGCGUCACGCCAACUUGGACACCAGGAAUUGCGCCCCGACUAGAGGGACGGAUCAUGAUCGAGGGACCGAAAUAA